AUGCAGGAAGGUCUACAUCAGUGUCUAAGGGUCUCUACAAAGCCAGCAGAGGCUGAGAGCACAACCCUGUCCCACCCAGGCGGCACAGGCACCCAGAAAAGGAGCCCAAAGCACCACACGAGCCAAGAGACAGUGAACAGACCCAAGAACCCAGGAGGCACAGCAGCCAGGACAACCCAGAUGCCCAGACUCAGCCCCAGCAGCACAGGACAACCCGGCCCACAGGAUGGCCCCCCAAGCCCCCCACACCCACCGCCCCCACCACCCCCCGACAGAGCAAAGGGCGCUCACCCCACCCCAGAGAGCCAGUUACAGGGGCAGGGCAUCAGGCCCGCAGGGCAGACAACAAGCCUGCACCACACGGGCACACGCGGCGAGGGGGGGAGGGGAGCAGACAAACGGAGAGACCAUGGGGCAGGGGAGGGAAAGAGGAGGAGCCGCAUAGCCCAGCCAGCAAGACCUAUAUACCCCAACCCAUCCCCUAGCCUCACCGCCCCCAACACCCACAUCACCCCCACCCCGCCCACAGAUCCAAAAACGGAGCCCCUACGCUGUCGCCAUGACACCCCCACCGCGACCAGCCACCCCUCCAGAGAGACACGGACAGGUCCACCAGGCCAGCAUCCACCCCAGGGAACCCCAAAGGACCGGACCCCACCAGCACCAGGGAGGAGAGAGACAGCAGGGGAAAGGAAGAAGAGAUGCAGGGGGCCGCAAGAAAGGUCUCCCCAUCGAUCGUCCCCCCACCCCACCACACCCCACGAAGCCCAGGCUGCACAGCCCCGAGUCCACCCAGCAGGCCCAACCGCCCCACCCCCGACGGGCACCCCAGGCCAGAGGGAGCACCCCCCCACCCCCCAAGGGGCGCCAGAGGCGAGAGAGCAGGGGCGCCGGGAGGGCACCCAGGGAGUGGACCGCCCCGACCCCAGGGCCAGCCUAGGCACCCCGACAGGCCCGGCCCGGACCCCCCAGAGGGCCAGGCCUGAACAGGGCUCCACGGCCCCCACGGCCCCCACAGCGCCCAGAACCCCAAUAUCCAAGCGCCCAUGCCCCCCAGGCAGAACGAGUCAACCAUACAGCCCCCAUCAGAACAUAAGGGUACCCCAUGAAUCCUAA